AUGCUACAGCCAACCCCUUAUCCAGAAAAUCUUCCUACACCGAAGAAGCUCUCCGUGCUUGAGAAGCAGGCUGAGGCUUUGGGCCAGAAGCACAACUUCUACCGUGUACCCCAAACUACGUUCUUCCGAGAGGGUUUGAACAACGCUGGUGUUCAAAUGAAGGCCUCAACAUGCAGCGGGCAAGACUGUACUGGGGUGAACGAUGGCUCCAAGAACUCGGUUCUGAUGAACUACAUUCCAGAUGCCUGGAGUUGGGGAGCGGAAAUGUUUUGCGAGUGCGAAGUACGUUACAUAAGCCGAGAUCCAAAAGGUAAUGGCUACAUUAUCUUCUUCGCCUGGCAUGGCGCCGGAAGGGAAAAGUUUGAGGACAAUUUCCACAGAAGCCUGAUGUGGGUACGAGCCAAGGAACUUUGCUUCCUUGGGGCUGGUUCUUUGGGAACAACAGAGAUUCUCCUCCGUUCCCGAGAUCAUGGUUUGCAGGUAUCACGUAUGGUAGGGCAAAAGCUCUCUGGAAACGGGGAUAUCUUAUCCUUUGGAUAUGACACAGAUGAGGUUGUGAACGGUAUCGGCCGUGCGAAGCCUUCAACAGAACAACCAUCCGGCCCGACAAUUACCGGAAUCAUUGACAACAGAGACGCAAUCAGCUCUCCAAACGUCCUCGAUGGUUACAUUAUGCAGGAAGGUGCCAUCCCAGAAGCACUUGCACCUCUGAUACAGUCCAUGCUGGAGAUACUGCCCGGGAAGCAACAGCCGGAAAGAUUGAAUGCUAAGGACCAGCUCCAACACCUAAUGUCGAAAGCUGAAGCUAGAUUCCUUGGCCCGUACUCCAAAGGCGGUUCCGUCAAUAAGACCCAGGUCUACCUCAUCAUGUCUCAUGACAGCAACGAAGCGAUUUUGUCUCUCGACAAUGAUAAGCCACAGUUGCAAUUCGUGGGAGUUGGGCGCACAGAGAGCGUAAAGAAGCUGAAUGCUGUUCUUGCAAAGGCAACCCAUGCUAUUGGCGGCACGCUUGUCAAUACUCCCUUCCAUUCCGUAUUAAACAAACAAGAACAGAUUACGGUUCAUCCCCUCGGUGGUGCCGUGAUGAGCUCCGACGGUACCGGCAGACGUGGCGCCACCAAUCACCUGGGUCAGGUUUUCAGUGGUGAGGGUUCGGAAGUUCAUGAUGGUCUCGUCUGUGUUGACGGAGCCGUGGUUCCAACUUCCCUUGGCGUUAACCCUUUUGCCACCAUCACCGCCCUCGCUGAGAGGUCCGUGGACCUCAUCGCGCAUCAAAGAGGCUUGUGCAUUGAUUGGACAAGAAAUGCCCACAGGACCAUGCAGAUAGCAGCGGCCACGGGUGGCGUACAGUUCACUGAGAUCAUGGAAGGCCAUAUCCACGUCGGUAAUGAUCUCGAUGACUUUGUCAGUGCUGAAAAGACUGCGCAAAGCUCGUCAAGCUCGGGCUUGCUGUAUUUGAGUGUUUCGUCUCCCAGAAGAAGGAACAAUAUGCAGAACCAGGAUGCCGUCGCCACCGGGACGCUCUCCUGCAGAGCGCUGUCCAAGGAUCCUCUUCUAGUAAGAGGCAAAGUAGAAUUCUUUUCUGCAGACAAAUCAGUUUCUGAAGGCAGCAAUCUGGUCUACAACCUAACUGUUCAGAGCACCGAUGGCAGCACAUACCAUAUGCAUGGCAAGAAGGACCUCACACCGGAGAUGGCCUUUUCCAUCACUUCGACGUGGAGAGCCACAACAGUGCUGCGUACCACAAUCACCCACCCCGACGGCUCCCUGGCCGCCAAAGGAAUCCUGCGCAUACCGUGGCGCAACUUCGCCUCGGAGCUGAAGACGCUGUCGGCCCUCCCGAACGGCAGCCUCCUCGACCGCGCCUCAACCGUCGCCGACUUCGUCGGCAACUUCGCCCAAAACACGGCCUCCUUCUACCUAGGGCCGCUCGGCAAACUCCAACUCUCCCAACCCAAAGUGGACAUGUUCGACAGCCCUCCACCCAAGCCCGCGCCCAUCAGCACCGUCGAGCUCACCGCCCGCGACGGAGUCACCAGCACGCUCCGCACCUGGGCCGCGACGACCACGCCCACCCGCCGCAAACACCGCAUCCUCAUGGUCCCCGGCGCCUCCGUCACGCACGAAAUCUUCGCGCUGCCGACCGUGCCCACCAACGCCGUCGACUACUUCACCUCGCUCGGCCACACCGUGUCCAUCGUCUCGCACCGCUUCGCCGCGACGCCCAUCUGCGCGCAGGGCGGAACCGUCUACGAAGCGCGCCUGGACGUCCUCGCCGCCCUCGAGUACCUACGCACUUUCGCCGCCGACGCAGAAAACAACGAGAAGAUCUACGUCAUCGCGCACUGCAUGGGCUCCGUCUCCACCGCCAUCGGCCUGCUCGACGGGACCAUCCCGGCGGCCUGGCUCGCCGGCCUCACCUGCACGCAAGUCUUCGCGCACCUCGUCUUCGGGCGCUGGAACACGCUGAAGGCCGACACGCCGUGCCUACCGAAAAUCUACGCUGCGGCGGCAGGCAGCGAGUGGUUCCCGAUGACGGCGGCCGAGGGCGCGGACAACAACAGGGCGGCGUCAGCAGCGGUGCAGGGCGCCAUCGACCAGGCGCUGCGCUUCUACCCGGUCGAGCGUAAGGCCGAGGUGUGCCGCAGCGCCGUGUGCCACCGCUUCAGCCUGACGUACGGGCGGUGCUGGGAGCACGCGAACCUGAACCGCGCGACGCACGAGCGGCUGGGCGAGUUGCUGGGCGGCGUGCACAUGCGGAUGCUGACGCAGACGAUGGCGAUGGGGAGGGCCGGGCAUGUGCUGGAUGGGGAGGGAGGCGAUACCGUCGCGACCGAGGGAGGGUGGGAGCGGUUGAGGGGGCUGCCGAUCCUGUUCGUCAGCGGCGGCUCGAAUGUCGUGUACGAUCCGGAGAGCACGUUCGUGACGUACGAUGCGCUGAGGAGGCGGUUUGGACCGGAUUUGUAUUCGAGGAGGGUGGUGCAGGGUUAUGGACAUCUGGAUACGUGGAUGGGGAAGGAUUCGGCGAGGGACGUGUUUCCUGCGAUGAGGGAGCACUUGGAAUGGUGUGAGGAUGGCGUGCGGAAGUAA